GUAUCACCGGAAAAGCCGAAAAGCGAUCGAUUGUCCAGAACAAAGGACUUGUUUGCCGACAGCGACUCCGACGGCGACGAUUUGUUCUCCUCUGCGAGAAGCGAGCCGACGUCUGCUGCCAAACAAACAUCUGGUAAACAAGAAAAAUCGUCAGUGUUGGCAGCCGCCGGUGUGAAGGAAACCUCAGCAGCGGUUGGCAACAAGCCUAUCAAAGCAUCAGUCGUCGCUUCACCAGCAGCGUCUUCGCUCUUCGACGACGACGACGAGGAUUUUUUGUUUCGUUCUGAUCCAAAAGAAACUGUGUCUGUUUCUGAGAAUAUGGAUACUAAGGACAACGCAGACUCGAUCAAGGAUGAAGAACCGAGAGUAGCGCCGAAAAAGAAGAUUCCAGCUGGUGCUGUCAAUAUCUUCGCCGGGAUGGGCAUAAAACUUCCAGCAAGAUCGAAACCAUUGCCCGCUUCUUCGUCGUCUUCCUCGAAUACCUCCGGCGCUUCUUCCCCUGUGACGAAAUCUGCUACGACAACUAGUGUUAAUGAAGUUCCGAAACCCGCCAGUGAUUUUAAUGUGGAGAAAUCUGUGAAGAAAUCAGUUGGUGUCGUGGAGAAGAAGAAGGAAGUCAAACGGUUAUUUAGCAGUUCUGAGUCCGAGUCUGAGAAAGCAGUCAAAAACUCGGUCGCGGAAAUUCCGACAUUUCAAAAGCCUACAGGGGUAGAAGAGAAACAGAAGCCACAGGUUACCAAAACCUUGUCAUCGAAACCGAAAAAGCAAGCUUCUUCGAAGAACCUAUUCAGUUCUUCUGCGACAGAUUCCGACGACGAUAUUUUUGCAUCAGCCCGAAGCACAAAGCAAGCAUCGUCUGUCAAAGGAAAAGUUGUCACAGAGCCGAUUGUUCCGUCGGCGGACUUGAAAAAAGUGAAAUCUGCUCCACAAGAAGUUAAGAAGAAGCCAGAAAUUCAGGAAGUCAAAAAACCAGCUGUCAAGAAAGUUGAUUCCGUGCCGAAAAUUGAAAAGAAAUCGGAGCAGAAAAAAGCGUCUGCGAAAAUUUUCGACUCUGAUUCUGAGAGUGAUGCUGACAUUUUU